GGAGGGCCCCGCGGGGGGAGGGGUCAGCGGGUCUCGGCCCCCGAGCCCUCCGUCCCCUCUCGGACCCCGGCCCUGCGGCGGGGCCUGUCGGGAGUUGUAGUCCCAGGGCGGUGGCCGCGCGCGGCGCCGGGGAUGCGGGGUGCCGCCUGUCCCCGCCUCCCCCUAACCUGCUAACUCGAGGUGGGGAGCGCAGAGGAGGAACCACGAGAUCCCUGAUUGGCCGAGGCCUCUCCCAGCCCCCACCCGGUCCCCCUCCCCCGCUCGCCACUUCGGACUCCCGCGCCCGGCGCGCAGAGGCUGCCACCGAGCGAGCGUUCCCGCAGCCGCCGCCGCCGCCCCGAGCACCCGCAGCUCCGGCGCCGCGGCGAGACGCAGAGACGGACGGACCCACGGACCUUCGCGGCCGCAGCAUCCCGGAGGAGAACAUGCUUGCCAACUCAGCCAGCGUGCGGAUUCUCAUCAAGGGAGGCAAGGUGGUGAACGAUGACUGCACCCACGAGGCCGACGUCUACAUCGAGAACGGCAUCAUCCAGCAGGUGGGCCGGGAGCUCAUGAUUCCCGGAGGGGCCAAGGUGAUCGACGCCACGGGGAAGCUGGUGAUCCCUGGAGGCAUCGACACCAGCACCCACUUCCACCAGACCUUCAUGAACGCCACGUGCGUGGACGACUUCUACCAUGGCACCAAGGCGGCGCUCGUGGGAGGCACCACCAUGGUCAUGGGCCACGUCCUGCCUGACAAGGAGACCUCCCUUGUGGAUGCCUAUGAGAAGUGCCGGGCCCUGGCCGACCCCAAGGUCUGCUGCGACUACGCCCUCCACGUGGGGAUCACCUGGUGGGCGCCCAAGGUGAAAGCAGAAAUGGAGACCCUGGUGCGAGAGAAGGGCGUCAACUCCUUCCAGAUGUUCAUGACCUACAAAGACUUGUACAUGCUCCGGGACAGCGAGCUGUACCAAGUGCUGCACGCGUGCAAGGACAUUGGGGCCAUUGCCCGGGUCCACGCGGAAAACGGGGAGCUGGUGGCCGAGGGUGCUAAGGAGGCCCUGGAUCUGGGGAUUACAGGCCCAGAAGGCAUCGAGAUCAGCCGUCCGGAGGAGCUGGAAGCGGAAGCUGCUCACCGUGUCAUCACCAUCGCCAACAGGACUCAUUGUCCGAUCUACCUGGUCAACGUGUCCAGCAUCUCGGCUGGUGACGUUAUCGCAGCUGCUAAGAUGCAAGGGAAGGUUGUGCUGGCCGAGACCACCACCGCCCACGCCACGCUGACCGGCCUGCACUACUACCACCAGGACUGGGCCCACGCGGCCGCCUACGUCACGGUGCCUCCCCUGAGGCUGGACACCAACACCUCCACCUACCUCAUGAGCCUGCUGGCCAAUGAUACUCUCAACAUCGUGGCGUCAGAUCACCGGCCGUUCACCACGAAGCAGAAGGCCAUGGGCAAGGAGGACUUCACCAAGAUCCCGCACGGAGUGAGCGGCGUGCAGGACCGUAUGAGCGUCGUGUGGGAGAGAGGCGUGGUUGGAGGAAAAAUGGAUGAGAACCGUUUUGUGGCCGUCACCAGUUCCAACGCGGCUAAGAUUCUCAACCUGUAUCCCCGCAAGGGCCGCAUCAUCCCUGGCGCCGACGCCGACGUGGUGGUGUGGGACCCGGAAGCCACGAAGACCAUCUCGGCCAGCACCCAGGUGCAGGGGGGAGACUUCAACCUGUACGAGAACAUGCGCUGUCACGGCGUGCCCCUGGUCACCAUCAGCCGGGGCCGUGUCGUCUACGAGAACGGCGUCUUCAUGUGCGCCGAGGGCACCGGCAAGUUCUGCCCGCUGAGGUCCUUCCCAGACACAGUCUACAAGAAGCUGGUCCAGAGAGAGAAGACCCUGAAGAUGAAGGGAGUGGACCGCACUCCCUACCUGGGGGACGUCGCCGUUGUCGUGCACACGGGGAAAAAGGAGAUGGGCACGCCGCUGGCCGACACGCCCACGCGGCCCGUCACCCGGCACGGGGGCAUGCGGGACCUCCACGAGUCCAGCUUCAGCCUCUCGGGUUCUCAGAUCGACGACCACGUUCCAAAGCGAGCCUCGGCCCGGAUCCUCGCGCCCCCUGGCGGCAGGUCAAGCGGCAUUUGGUAAAGGCACUGACCGGCGCCCCCACCGCGGGGCUGCACCGCUGCCACCAGCCCGCGCACCUCCCGGCCGCAGCUGCAGGGGGCGGGAGAGGCUGGGCUGGGCGGCGCACCACCGGCGGGGGCCCCGGGACCCGGGGAGCCCUCCCCAAGCCUGAACGUGAUUCACUGUGCUUCGAGCCAACCCUAACAGGCACUUUGAGCUGUUCUGCUGUGGUCCUGUCCUGCCUCGGCCCCGGCGGGCUGUUCUGGGCCCAGAAAGCCCACACUAUGCACGAGCCCAGGCCCAGCCCCUCCUCUCACACCUGCCUCCACCUGCUGGCCCUGGGAAGGCCGACUUUGGUGCCCUGCCCCCUGGCUGGCGGCCAGCUGUCCGGAGCACUUUAGCAGAUGUGUAUUAAAAGGCCUCCCUCCCCCACCCCGCCCCUUCCCAAGUCAGACAGACAGGUGUCAGCUUCCCCGGCUCUCCUGCCUCCCCACCCCCAACCCCCCCACCCCCACCCCCGGCCCUGUGCGGGUGUGGUUGGGACACCCUGUGCCCUUUGCCAGUUUCUUCUGCCUCCUGCCUGCGCCCGCUGGGAGUCACGGGCCCAGAAGUGAGGCGGGCGGGGCGUGGGGCUGGUGCCAGGUGCGUGUAAAUGAUUUUGUUUUGCACGUUUGGUUUGCGCAGUGGUUUGGUUUGACUUGUUUGUGCAUCCUGUGAUAAUAACGGUGCUUCGUGUCACUAGCAUAGCAUAGAAACAGGAGUAGCUGUGGUUCUUAGGAGAUGCUGCACUCGACACCAACCAGACAGCACAGGCAGAGACAGCAAGACAGCGGGGGGCUGGCCACGCAGCCCCUCUUCUCCCCACCCGGGUGCCCAGGCUGCCAGAGGCCCCGGUCCAGGCCCCCUGCCCUCCCCUGCCCUCCUAGCCUGGGUUCCUGGGUUCUGGGAGGGGCCCUGGGUGCUGGCCCUGGGGACCUUCAGGCAGCAGGGUGGCCUCUCUCAUCUCUGCCCAUGAUCACCCCCAGCACCAACCCCUGCCCCCCACACGUGCACAGCUUCCGGAAACUUCUCCCUGCCGCACAGAGGCCUCGCCGCUCCUCCUGUGUGAUUGGCAGGAGGCCUCACGCCUGCUGAGAGAGGGGGAGCCGGAGGGGCUGGCCAGCUGCCAGGGAGGGAGACCCCAGAGCCCGGGACCUGGCGGUAGACCCCGCGAGACUGCACGGGUGCUGUGGUCCCCUGUGGUGGGCACCACGCCCGCGCCAGCUUGUGCCUCGUCUCCUCCCCUGUCCGGGUGGCCCCCCUCGGUGGGCCCCCCGCCUCCACAGCCCCACAGAGGUUCCCACUGAGACCCUGGCGGCUGGGUCGUCUGGGCCGGAACCUGGCCACCUCGUCCCGGUCAGGCCUGGGCUCCCCCUUGGGGAAGUGACUUGGUGGUGCACACCUGCUUGUGCGAGGCCCCUGGAUGUGUUCAGGUUCACGGUCUUAACCCUGCAGUUUCCCACAGUGCUUUUCACAUCUUCAGAGCACUUCCACGUCGGCAUCCUCCUUUGCUCCCCACAACAGUGGAACACAUAUUAUUCUCCCCAUUUUAAAGAUGAGGAAACUGAGGCCCAGAAGGACUCAAGGAGUGUCCACGGACACCCAUAUGACCUUGGCUGUCUACCCCAGCUGUGGGGAGGAGGCCUGGGGGGAGGUAUCUUGCAGAGCCCACCUAAGCAUGUAACCAACUCCCCGGGAUGCAUCCGCUUUGUUUUGCACAGGUAGAUAUAGAUUUUUCUCAUCCCCAUUACAAAAACAUGAAUGCAUAGUCUCUGUUUGAGCGAGAACCAGUCUGAUGGUGGAGGCUGGCCGUGUGGUGUGAGCUGAGUCUGAAGGCGGAGGCUCACCAUGUGGUGUGAGCUGAGUCACGUCCCUCAUGCCAGGGCUCAUAGGACAGGGAUGGUAGCCAGGGAACAGAGGCAGGGAGGGGACUCGUGGAGAGACGCAGCCCUGGGGACAGAAGGUAGGGCCUGGGAGAGCCACUGUGGAUAAGGGUGGGUAAGACCGCGACGCUCUCCCCUGGCCCAGUGCCCGUCAUCUUCAGCCCUUUCGGCCCUUGCUGGGUCAUGGGCCUUGGGCAGAUGCCAAAGAGCCUGGCAGUGCUGGUGGCCAGCUGGGCAGCGCGUCCGUGCCUGGGCCAGGAAAGCUUUAUGUUCUCUGAGUGCCUCCGCCUGAGAUGUGUGAGCCGUGGUGCUGGGAGACCACGCCUGGGGUGGCCCACUGUGGGCCUUCCUCCCUUCAUCCCCCACCCCCGCACCCGUCCUCACGUAGACUCUGCCCCUGCCCAGGAGCUUGGAAGAUGGACAUGAGGAAGUUCAAGGAGCCAAUGAGUGGUCAGCACCUCCCCCUGCUCCUGGCCCCGUGCAGAGCCCCUGCCCGGCCGCAGCCCCGCUGGCUCCCAGUCGGAACGCGAGGGUCUCUGGUUGCACUGAAUGCAGCUCUCAAACCGGUCUUGUACUUGCUGAAUAAAUACUGUUGUUCUUGCCUUAGCCACUCUCUAGGUUUGUGGGGUGAAGUUACCAGAAAAAAAAUUGUGCUCCCGUGUGUGUGCGUGUGCGUGCGUGUGUGUAGUGCUAGGAGCCCACAGUAGGUCUCUGUCAAGCCAAUGCCAUGGGAGGGCUUUUCCGAUAUGACCCAGGAGCCACAGAACCACACAGAAACCCACACCCGCUCCGGCUGCUGCGGCGCCAGGUGCAGCCUGGGCCGGGGGCGGAGCCUCUGACAGCCCAGCACCCAGGCGACUUCCUCACUCCCCUGUAAGUGUCACGGUGCUAAGACUGUGUCAAGCCCAAGACGACACGUGGUCCUGUGCUUUGGCCACCCGUUUGAGGCAAAAACAAAACAACCCGGCCUGUUGUGUUCUGGUGCAGGUUUGUAUUAAACUGUAGCUUCUUCUCA